GACAGUACGACGGAACUCGGGGAAAUAGAAAAUGUCAGGGUUGUAGUGCGCGUUCGACCUUUGAAUGGAAAGGAGUUGGACGGACACUCUAAGAACAUAGUACGAGUGGACACGAUCAACAGCGAAAUAACUGUUGAAAAUCCGAAUGCUGCGCAAGGAGAGCCACCAAAGGUUUUCUCAUUCGACGCUGUCUUCGAUACUGAUUCCACUCAAGUUGACAUAUACAAUGAAACUGCAAGACCUAUCGUGGACAAAGUUCUCCAGGGCUACAAUGGAACGAUAUUUGCAUAUGGGCAAACAGGCACUGGUAAAACGUAUACCAUGUCUGGUGCGAAAACAUCACCGCAACUCAGGGGUAUCAUCCCUAAUACUUUUGCACAUAUUUUUGGACAUAUAGCCAAAGCUCGUGACAACCAAAAGUUCCUUGUUCGUGCAACUUAUUUGGAGAUUUACAACGAGGAAAUCAGAGAUUUACUUGGCAAGGAUCAAAAUACCAGACUGGAAGUGAAAGAGAGGCCAGAUAUUGGAGUAUUUGUAAAAGAUCUUAGUGGCUACGUAGUCAAUAACGCUGAUGAUCUAGAUCGAAUAAUGUCUCUUGGUAACAAGAAUCGUGUUGUUGGAGCUACAGCAAUGAAUGUAUCGAGUUCACGGUCUCACGCAAUAUUUACCAUCACAGUUGAAUCUAGUCAGCUUGGAGAAGAUGGCGAACAACACGUUAAAAUGGGAAAACUGCAUUUAGUUGAUUUAGCUGGUUCAGAGAGACAAAGUAAAACGAAAGCUUCUGGAGUUCGCUUAAGAGAAGCCACGAAAAUUAAUUUAUCACUCUCCACACUAGGUAAUGUAAUAUCUGCAUUAGUUGACGGUCAGAGUUCACACGUGCCUUACAGAAAUUCCAAACUCACAAGAUUACUGCAAGAUUCUUUGGGUGGUAACUCAAAAACGUUAAUGUGUGCAAAUAUCAGUCCAGCAGAUAUAAAUUAUGACGAAACUAUCAGCACGCUUCGUUAUGCGAACCGUGCUAAAAAUAUUAAAAAUAGAGCAAGAAUUAACGAAGACCCAAAAGAUGCUUUGCUUCGGCAGUUUCAAAUUGAAAUCGAGCAAUUACGGAAACAACUGGAGGAAAAUGGUGCCGAAAUCUCUGAAUCUGAAGAUGAAUCUGAAGACUCUGAGGAGACAGGAGGAAAAAGACACGAUAAGAAAGCCCGACGUCGGAAAAGUCAGAUACUAACAAUGGAAGAAUUAGAAGACAGAGAUAUAGAUUCCAAUGAAAAGAUUGAUAAAGCCGAAAGAGAAGAUAAAAGUCCCGACGACAAAGACGUGAUUGAAUUGAAAAGAACCCAGAGCGAAAAAGAAGCAUUACGUGAGAAAAUGCAAAACCUACAAAAUAAGAUCUUAGUCGGAGGUGAAAAUUUGUUGGAGAAGGCAGAAGCUCAAGAGCAAUUAUUGGCUGCUGCGGCAAUUGAACUUGAACAACGUAAAAGCAGAGAAGAACAAUUAAAAAAAGCUAUCGAAGCAAAGGAAGCUGAACGUAUAGACAUAGAAGAAAAGUAUUCUUCCUUGCAAGAGGAGGCAGCGGGGAAAACUAAAAAAUUAGCUCGCGUACAUACGAUGUUAAUGUCUGUCAGAGCAGAGUUAUCUGAUUUACAGCAAGAACAUCAAAGAGAAAUGGAAGGGCUUUUGGAAGGAGUCAGAGGUAUUGGGCGAGAAUUGCAACUUCAAGAGCUAAUAGUAAACAGUUACAUUCCUGUUCAGUACCAGACGAUGAUUGAAAGAUAUGUUCAUUGGAACGAAGAUAUCGGAGAAUGGCAGUUGAAGUGUGUAGCAUAUACAGGCAAUAAUAUGCGCAAAGCACAAACUACGCCACCGCUGGGAAGUAAUAAGGAUCAAACUCAACCAGAUAUGUCAAAUAUAUAUUUGUCUUAUAACAACGGAAUCGACAAUACUUUUGUGCAACCAAAAAAGGUACGAGGCCGAUCUGGAGUACCAAGGCCAACUACAGCACAUAGACGUACCCCACAUUAA